CACCUCAGACCAUGAGCGAAGUUCCAGACUCACCAUUGUCAUCAAUAUCGUCGUCCGACGAGGUUGACGACCAUGUCAGCACACCAAAUCGAUCAGCCAGACCUAGCAUGGACGCAGACAGCGCAGGACCACCGAGCAAGAAACGACGUACUGGAGGCCACCCAGCACACAUCGGUACACCUCAUGGCGGCACGAUAAUGGUCGCUGGUGCAGAUACAAUGGAAGAUUUGGAUGCAGAUAUCAGUUGCGACAGCGAGGGUUCCGCUCCAGGAUCACCAAGCGCCGACGAGUUCGCCAUGCGAGCUGAUCAAGUCACGACUUGCGCGUGGGAGGGCUGCAGUGUAGGGGACUUGGCCAACAGUGAUGAGCUCAUUGCUCACGUCCAGAACGAUCACAUUGCUCCCAAGCGGGCACGUUACACCUGCGAAUGGGGAGACUGCGCUCGCAAGGGCACAAACCACCCCAGUGGCUAUGCUCUCAAAGCUCACAUGCGAAGUCAUACCAAGGAGAAACCAUUCUUCUGUCAUCUUCCAGAAUGCGAUCGUUCGUUCACUAGAUCUGAUGCCCUCGCCAAACACAUGCGCACCGUCCACGAGCCCGAACCACCACGCGCUGCUGCAACAAAUGCCAAUCCCAUCGACCCUGCCACCGGACAACCCAAGAAGGGUCCUAAACUACGCCUUUCGAUGAACGGCAAAGGUCCUGCCAAAGCUGCUAUCCCAGAUGUGCCCGUUCCUGCACCCACACAAGCACCCGAUGAUCCGUCACCGCCCAUGGAUAACAUCCAGUACAUACCCGCACGCCAUCCGAUAACAGGCCAAGCAGGCUUCAUGAUCACAUAUCCUCCCGACAUACACUUUUCACAGUUCGAGAGCGAGAUUCCAGCAAAUCAGCUCAUGCGAUUACUCAGACGCCAACUCCACUGGGCACAAACGGAGAGCGAAGAGUUGAAACGAGAAGUCGAAGGCCUGGAAGAACUCCGUCGCAAGGAGUGGGCAGCAAAGGAAGCUCUUCUGGAAGGAGUGUUACAAGGCGAGCUCGCAUCUGCAAGCUUCGAUGAGGAUACGCUACAAGACAUGAAAGGAGAGGUGUGGGGACCAGAGUCGAAAGAGCUGGAUUGGACAGGUAAUCCGCCGUGGACAAAACAUGGUCGCGCCAACAGCGCACGUCUUGAUAGUCCGGGUAUGGAUGUGGAUGAGGUAGUCGAGGAUGCGAACGUUGUGGUCAACGCACAGCAGACAAGUGCGUCGCAAGCAGAAAGGGACGAAGACAUGAUGGCAGUUGGAGCAUUGAUGGGCCUUAGUGGUGCCAGU